UCUGUAGCACCGAAUGCAAUGUUUGUCUCAACCAAUACGGAAGGAAACUCUAUAAUCCCGAGGGAUAGAGUGGCAGAAAAAUGCUUUAGAUAAAUUGGUCUAUCCCGUAUCUUGUCCGUGGUUGUAUACAAAGAAGAUCGAUAUCAGCAUGGCGGUAAAGGAGCGGCUCUAUUCAUUGUGAUUGAAAAUCAAGAUUAUUAUGGCUCAGAUCUUAUAUUACAUAACAGGAAAGUGCAUUUCCGUCGAAGUGCAUUUUUCACGACGCUCAGUAUUAUCUUGAGCGACGGUAAGAACAUAGCAAAAAAUCGGCGUUAUAACGAGCAAAAAAACGAAAGGAACACAAGUUGACAACUGACAAUUGGAAUUGAAGUCUCAGCCUCGAUAUACUGAAUCGUAAACAGUCACCAUGGCAAAAGAAAUGAUGAUAGUAUUUGUCUAUGACACUGCAAGGUGUUGUAAAGAAGAUGAUGAUCCUGCAGAAGCAGUUAUGUACUUCCAUCCAGCAUGGGUAUCUCUUACCCAAAGGCUAGCCCUAGCAGGUCAAUUGAUGGCUGUUAAUCAAUUUCUUACUACUUCAUUUUUUGCCCCAAAAUCAAUUACAUUACAGGGAGGAAAAUUUGUAUUGAAGAAAUUUGGACAGUACAUACUUGCAGUAGGAACUGAUAGGAAUAUUCAUGAUUGGGUUCUAGAAAGGCGUGCAAACACUCUGGAAUCAUUGCUACAAUUUUUUCAUUGUGAUCUUAAUAAAAUAUUAGAAUCAUUUAAUAAUGACAGAAACAAAUUUACAGAAAAGUUAUAUCAAAUGUUUGAAACAUAUUUGCCAAUUCUUCAAUAUAGUGCCAAUCUUUUUUCUAACAUUCCCAUCAUUAAACUUCCAAAGAGUGCUAGUAAUAUAUUUUUAGAGGCAAUUCAAGUAUUGCAAUAUUGUCAAGAGACUAAUGGUAUUAUUGGUGGUGCACUCUUCUAUAACAAUAAGGUAGUUGCUACUCAAUUAAGUCCUGAUUUGACCAAACAAAUUGUUAUAACCGAUCCAUAUAGAAUAAAGGCGCCUGCAGAGAGAAUAUUAACAGAAUUUCACUUACCUGUUGGGGUGCAAUUAAUGAGAGUGUAUGUUGAACAGAAACAAUUCACAAAACUUUUACAAGAAGCAAAUAAUGAACGAUAUUACAGUUCUUAUCUGGAUUCCGCUUCAAAGAAAAUCUUACAAAGAAAGACUAUGUCCAAAAAUGCUAAGGAAUUACCUUUAUCCGGCAUGAAACGUGACACUUCUCGUAUUUUUACCGUACCUGAAGAAGCAGAAUUAGAUUCGUCACAGUAUAACGAUAAUAACCACUAUGUACCUUCCGUUCCACUUACAACUUACAAUUCUCCGGUUAAACGCAAACAGGAAAGUAAAUCAGACCGUCCUAAGUGUGCAAAUCCUUUAACACCAAGCGUUUGUUCUACACCUUUAAAAGAUAUUAAUAGAGUAUUACACGGUAAUGCGAUGCUGAUAUGUAACACAAACGAAGAGACAAACGGUGAAACAGAAGAAGAAAAGAAAGAAGUAAGGACAAAUGUUGAUGAUAUUCCAGACGUUGUUAAGGAAGCCCUUAGAUGUAAACGUUUAAAUAAAUUACGAAACGAAACAGCAAAAGAGAAAUUAUUGAAAAGGAAAGAAUUCAAUAAAAAGAGUUUAAGUAUGCAUGAUUUAGAAUCAUCUACAAAUUUCUACUCUAAUCGUAUAUCAGUUAGGACAUACGGUUUAGGUUUACCACAAACGAAAACUAGUGUGUCCCCUGAAUCUUCCCCCCGAAAGAAACCGUUGUAUAAAAAGCAGUUUCAUACGAUUACCGAUCCUUGUUAUCCUGUAUUUCGAUGCGAUGGAUUACCAGUAUCUCAAUCUCUAUACGAGCAAUACAUAUCUUCACAUUAUGAAGAACUUAAAGAUGAUCAAAACUAUUUAGUGAAUCAUAAUGACUUUUUAGCGAGUAUAACGAAAGAUAGUAACGCGAAGAAUAUAACGAACAACUGUGAUACGAUAACUAGUGAUAAUUCUGAAAAGCCAGGUAAUUCUCAUGAUGUUAAAUUAAGUAAUAAAACGAAACAGGAAACUUAUCGUAGAUCGAUGAGUCUUCCUUUGAAACCACUCAAUGUUACUGACAACGAUGAUAGACGAAAAUCAACAUCAGAAUGUGGUAAUUCGUACGACUUCCUUCAAAAGAAAAAAUUAGACGGUUUACAGUUAACACCACUUAUGUCCAAACUUAGUUUACUUGCUGAUGAGAAAACUAGCGGUUUUUGUAGUAGAGAAACUACUCCUAGCGAGUUUCGUGAUCUGUCUGGAUUUUCAACAACAAAUCAAUUGAUCAAGCAAAAAUUAGAAGCAGUCAAUAAAGAAACUGGUAGUGAAGGAGAUGAUGAACUCGAAGAAGAUUGGAUGGCCACCUCUAAAAAUGAAGUUUGUCUUGAAAAAACAGAAUUAUUUCUUUGUGGACAUCAAAACAUGGUAUUAGUAUUGUUAAUGGAAAAUGGAACUGCCAAUAACCCUGAUCUUAUACACUUUCUUUGGCAAACUUGUGUAAGUACGUUAGGAAAACUUGAAGCAAGAUUGCAGCAAUGUCUAGAACCUAUGCCAUCGAAUGAAAAUAAAGAAUUAUAUAGUAUUUUAAGCAUCGAUCCCCAAUGGGAUACGAUACAUCGUUCUGGACUUUGGGGUGUCACCGAGUUGGACAUUGUUUCUUGUCUUCAUGAUAGAUUCAAGCAUGCUAGUAACCUCACGGAUAUCAUUGUCAGAACGGAAGAUACUGUUGUUUAUGGUAACCAGUGCGGAAACAUAGAGGUAUUUUAUCAACAAGCGGUGGCUCCAAAUACCUCUGGAGGACUUCCGACUCCUGCAGAUUUAAUGGGAAUUGUAUCUCUUAAAGCAAAACGUAGACUAGAAAGAGAUCACGGGAUUGUAUUACUAUAAAUUACAAUUGUCUACAAAUAUCUAUAUAACAAUAUCAUUCCAAAUUAAUUUAUUUCAUUUAAUAUUGUGUUUAUUGUACAUUAUGGCAUGCCAAAUUAAUGAUAUGAUAUAUCACAUUUUGUACAUAUUUUUUGCGUAUAGUAAUAGGUGAAUUUUUCGAAUUUAUUAUUAAUAAUUAUAGGAACAUUCUCUUUAAAAGGGUAUUCAAAACGAGAACGAAUUCCUGCAUUUAGUAAUUAGCAUGUAACAGUAGUUGAAUUUUUAUUACUAUAGUGAUAACUUUCAAAUAAUCGUGCAUAGAUAUCAUGUAUACAUUCUAAUGUAUAUAUAGAUAGUAUCAUAUUUAUUUAAAAUGUCCACAUCAUGAGUAAGAAACGAUAAGUUCAAAUUUUCAUAUCUUUGCAAAAACUAAAAUAAUAACCAACAAUCUAUUAAUUUAAUCAACUAAUAUCACAAAAAUGAAUCGCGACAUGUCGAUAGUAAAAGUAUUGUCGAAUAUUCUACGCAUAUUUUUGUAACGAAGAAGACACACUACUCGGUAUAAUAAUUUAAGAAUUGGCUGUAAUCAAAAAGAUUUACAUGUACCAACCAUACAUAAUAAAACUGGUAUUAAGGCAUUUCUAUUUUCUUGUCUAUAGAAAAGUGUAUUUUAAUAUGAAAUGUUACGUGUUUUACUAAAGGCAUUACUUAAAAAGUUCAUAUUAAUUAUUGGCAAUAUCACUAUAAUAUAAAAAUAAUAUCAAAAAUUCUUAGUUAACUCGCUGAAGGCAAAUUAUAUAUUUUACUCUUAGAUUGUUUAUAAUAGAAACAAGUGAUUUUUAUUAUGUAUGGUUUCAAAGUUAUGCAAUACCUAAAGUUGCAAUAGAAUAGCAUGAUGUGACAAUGCUUUUUCAAUUCUAAGCUUUAGAUGUCUUAGAAAAAAUAAACAACAUUAUAGUAUUGUACUACUACGUCCAAAUUAAGUGAUAUUUAGCAUUAAUUAAAUAAUUUAUUUAUGUAUUUAAGAUUGUGUUAUUAUCAGUAAAAAUUCGUAUAACGAAUAGGUGUAAUGAUUGUUAAGUAUUGUUUAACUUUCUAAUAAUUCAGUGUUAUAUAAAUGUGGAUUUAUAUUUUAUGUAUUAAAAAUGCAUAAUUUCUAAUCUAUGAUAUCACUGAGUAUACAUUUCAAUCAUCUAAUCUAGUCAUCUAACAUGUUACCAGAAACAUUAUUUCUGUAGCAAAAUUAAACUCAAUCUAACAGAUUAAAAUGUUUCAUUCAAUUGAAAACAAUCCAAACCGAAGGGAAAUCAUAGAUAUUAAUCCACGUGUAGUAAAAGUCGUAAUUAAACUUCUUAAAAAUCUUAUUUACGUGAAAUAUAAAUAAUGUAUAACUUAAGUAUAUUAACUAGAGAUCCUGCAGUCGUUGUGCCGUUUUUCUUUCUUGACCUCGAUGAUGAUGAAAAUCAAUCGGGACGAGCCUCCUGCUUCUGCCAGUUUGUUAAUAUGUUUAUAUCACGCAGAGCACACGUUUCAUUUCACGCGCUAUUUACAUUAAAAACCUGUCUAUUAAACAAGAAUCACGCGGUGACGCACGGCCAAUCGUGUUUUAUUAUUCAAAAUGAUAAGCCCCCAUCAAUGGAAAGUUUACCAGGAACAGGACAUUCUAAACUGCUUUUCUGAACUUAGUCUUCUGCAUACAUUUAAUAUGAAAUAAAUAUUGCAGAACCUUUGAUUUUUUGUAAUCCAAUGUAAAAUUAAUAUCUUGUUUUGUUGAUUAUUAUAAAGCUAAAUAAAGCUAAAAUUUACUUGUCUUUUCCUGCAAUUGAAAAAACAUUUUAUGGGUAAACAACAUUUAUCCAUAUGAAUUCAUUGCAUCAACAAUUUUAAAGCAUCAGAAUACAUUUCUUCAUCUCAUUGUCAGAUACAUUUACCUAGAAGUGUUUUUAUUACAAAUGUAUUUAAAAUUAAGUUAUUAAUGUUGCAAUCUGUAUCUUUAAUAAAUAACAAACUAAAUGAAA